GUACAUAAUUCCAAAACGACCCUCUCUCCAGGCACGCCAUUACUCCUUUCCUGCGCUGGUCCAAAGCUCCUGAGGACUCCCGGUGACCGGAGAAAGUAGGGUACAGACAGACCGUAUAGAGGCGCGCAGAUCGGCGAAGAUGGCGGCGGCCACCUCGCUGACGCUGGUGUUGGCGGCGCUCCUUGCAACGAUGCUGCUGGGCGCGGAGGCGGUGUGGCUCGACAUGCCGCUGACGGGGACCAAGUGCGUUUCCGAGGAGAUCCAGCCCAACGUGGUGGUGCUCGCCGACUACGCCCUCAUGUACGAUGCCCGCGGCACCGUGCACCCCACCGUCGCAGUCAAGGUCACCUCACCAUAUGGCAACACUGUACAUCAGAAUGAAAAUGCCACAAUGAGCCGAUUUGCAUUCACAACUUCAGAAGCUGGAAACUACCUUGCUUGCUUCUGGCUAGACAGUGCAGAGAAAGGAGAAGGGGUAUCUCUAAAUCUUGACUGGAAGAUAGGGAUUGCGGCGAAGGAUUGGGAUUCUGUUGCUAAGAAGGAGAAAAUUGAGGGUGUAGAAUUAGAGCUCAGGAAACUUGAAGCUGCAGUGGAAUCCAUUCAUCAUAAUUUAUUAUAUCUCAAAUCAAGGGAAGCAGAGAUGCGGGUAGUGAGCGAGAAAACAAAUGCCAGGGUUGCCUGGUUCAGCAUCUUGUCACUGGGCGUCUGCAUCGUGGUCUCAUUUCUGCAGCUAUGGCAUUUGCAAGGGUUCUUCCAGAAGAAGAAGCUCAUCUGAAUUCACUUGUCUGAUCAUGUACUACAGCAUCAACUACUUUAGAGAAAGGACAGUUUUGUCAUAUUUGUUUUGAAAAACUCAUGUGAUGGACAAAAGAGUUGCUUGAUACUCGAUACAUGAACUCUUUCAAUUGCAAGCAACUAAUACUAUGUGCAAUAUGGUUUCCCUACAACUACUAUACAUGGUAACAUGGGAAACAUAUUCAAAACUGCUGCUGCACAUUUGUAACGUACUGACAUAUAUAGUUGGAAACUUUAACCUCUCA